AUUUUUGACUCAGAAUUGGAAAAUUUGCUAGAGUACAACGGCUUCAACGACUGGCUUCAUUCUUUCCCACUCUACCGCGGCAAGAAGACAAGUGAGGAUGACGACGAUGACCACAGGAUUGUGGGGAAAUUCAAGGUACUCUUAUCCUUUAGAAUGCUUAACUUGUACGCGUGGUGUUUAGGAAAAAAAUGACUCAACUAUGGUCCUUACUCGUUUGGUCCGUUUUUACAGGGCUCUCUGAAAGUGUGGAAGUACCCCCUGCCUGAGCACGUGGAAAUGGACCCAAUAGUUGGCACAUUCCUGAAGUUGCCCAGCAAUGAGCCUGUCAAUGUGCUUGUACGGGUUUACGUCAUCAAGGUACGUCACCAUAGACAAACCUUCUUUUGCAUGGUAAAUUUUCUGCCUAACUGAACACUUUCCUAAUUGUCAGUUGGGUUGUCAUUUGUAGUACCUCAUUUUUUUCUUAAAUUUCAUUGUCCUGCUGCUCUUUUUAAAUCUCUACAGGCCGUCAAUCUGCAUCCCUCAGAUGUGAAUGGAAAGGUGAGCGAGAGUUUGUGCUAUGGUAAUUUUUUUGCUGUACAGCUCAACUGAACAAUCAAUAAGGCUGUACAAUCAUCACGUAAAGAAACGAAAAAAAGUGAUCUAAUAAUGUGAUUAUGUUGUUAAUUUUCAGGCUGAUCCCUAUCUAGUGGUUACGCUCGGAAAACACAAAGUGAGGGACCGAGAUAAUUAUGUGUCAAAGCAGCUCAAUCCUGUGUUUGGAAGGUAACGAUACAUUAAUGAGAGCGCUUUUCGAUUAAGUAUCCCAAUACCAAAAUCAGAGCAACUACAACGGCCAAUCAAAAUAAAAGAAAAUAUCACUAGGAGCUGAUGGUAGUACAAAGUUCAGAAGCAAACUGCUUGAAAAGCGGGAAAACCGCGAAUGGACAAGUCGCGCGUGAUUUCAUUUCGGCAUCUGAUUGGUUUAGAGGGUUGUGUUAGAUCUCCACCCCAGUUACAGAGCAUAUGAUUGGUUGAGAGAGAGGUACGAGUCUUCUGGUCCUAGUACAGAGCGAUGCAAAGCCAAACCAAUACAAUACGGGUUUAUUUUGGACGUUCAAUUAAAAAUUGCUAACUUCAAUCAGGUUUUCUUUGUCGUAUGGGACCAGGAUUUUAUUCAUUUUGUAAAUUUUUUAGUUUUAGAUGUGUUUCUAAAUUGGCGUGACGUACUGUUACGUGAUGUGUCAUGAUGUGUGAUCACAUGAUAGGAUGUGUGGGACGUGAUGUGUCAUGGCAUCAACUGUGAAAUACUGAAAUGUUAUUACGCUUACAGAUGCUUUGAAUUCGAGGCGAUCAUCCCCAUGGAUUCAGUAUUGACUGUUGGCGUGUACGACUGGGAUUUAGUUGGAAGUGAUGAUCUCAUUGGGGAGAGUAAAGUCGACUUGGAGAACAGAUUCUACAGCAAACAUCGACCCACGUGUGGUUUGCAGGAAAGUUAUGCAACGUGAGUGUUAAGUUUUUUUUUUGUCAUUUUACUGGAUCCCUUUCACCAUGAGGAUUUCCAUCGGCAGAAAAAAAUACUUUUUGCUACAAAAAAUAUAACGAGACGCGAUCAAGCCUAUAAUUAUGGAGGUACCGGACAAAUGUCAGUAUCUUAGCAACUGCGCACCUACCCAACCCCUAAACCAACAUUAACCUUAACUUGUCAGUCGACUGUUUUGGGGGGACGGGUAGGUGCGAGUUGCUCAGAUACUGACACUGCUGCGAAUAUUGGUACUCCCGCAGAGUGAGGUCCCAGUCCACCACAGUUAUCCCCCUUUCCCCCUCUCCCUCAGUAUUUGAUCAGGCUUCCUUUCAACUGUCCGAUAUUCAACUCUCUCUGUGCUCUUGAGUGGGGACAAAAGUUUGUCUCAGUGACAUAGAAGUUAGGGGAAACCGAGGUUAUGUCGUCAAUUACAGAAACACAAUUUAAUACCAGACGGUAUUGUUUUCUUCUACCCAAAGAUUUGGAUUCAACAAAUGGCGCGACCCAAUGCGCCCGACCCAAGUCCUUGCUAAGAUCUGCAAAGAUGAGGGUCUGGACGGACCUCAUUACUCCACGGGAAGAGUUCGAAUUGACAACAAAGUGUUUGGCGCCACUUCACAAGUUCUUGAGGAGAGUGGUAUGUGUGUCUUUUUCAUUAUGGUGAGAUAUAUUAUUGAAAACAAGCAAAUGGGAAAAUUUCUUGCAGAUCUUUCUGAUCUUGCUGCCCACUCCUAUGCCUCAUAACAUCGACCUUCAGAACCGACUUAAAGAAAUACAGGGUUCUAAAGGAACGGUUUGAGAAUGAGAAAUUGUUGCAGAAGAAAAACACGAAAAAAGUCAUGAUAGUUUGCGCGGCGUUGCACUCAUUUUGAUGGUUCUGCCUUUUAAAAUAGCUCGUAUGCUUUAUUGUGGUUCAUUGGGUAGGUUUGUGUUCGUUUUGUAGGUCAUUUCAAACAGUCAGAUGAACCUGUUGCUCUGAAAGCCUUGCGUGGUUUCCAUACGCUGAAGAGAGGCUUCAAUCUGGUGCCAGAACAUGUGGAGACCCGGUCUCUGUACAACCCAGAGAAACCUGGAGUGGAGCAGGUUAGUGCUCUGUUACUGCUAUUUUCAUUCAUUCUUCUCUACAAUGAAAUCGUGAUGUACGAGAAAAAAUCUUACUUUAAGAUGGUGACCAAGCGAAGUAUAGAACAUCUUCAUCAAGCGAACCUUGAUUGAGAAGACAUUACACUUCCAAAAACAAAACUAAAUUCAUUCAAAUGAUGUAGGACAAGAGAAAACGGUCUUAUUAGAACCCACCAUUUUAGAUAUAUCUACAUAACAAAAACCGCGAUUUUAACGAGGUCGCUUUUUGGGACCAGAUAUCUCCAAUACAUCUUCUCUUUAGUAGAUAAAAACCGCGUUUGAGGUCUGCACUGUUAAUUAUCGGGAGAGUUUCCUCAAACUUGCACUAUGGACUGAGGAAACGAGGCUAGUUAGAUAAUAGUAUGAGAGUUCAAAUAAACUAAUAGAUUGUAUAAUUAAGUGCCGAUAUUUCACGUCUGUCUUUAGGGUAAAAUUGAGAUGUGGGUGGACAUGUUCCCAAUGGACAUGCCUUCUCCUGGUGCCCCUGUGGACAUUACUCCAAGGAAACCAACAACGUAAGGACAGCACGCAGUCGUUUCACCUCAAAUAUCCCUACUAGCUUUUAUGUAAUUCAGUGAAAAAUAGGGAGGAAAAUCUGGUGAUAGCUGAUAGGUCUUGUAUUUUCUUCAUUGGUUGCUGAAUAACGUAUCGAUAUUGUGAGGAGAAGUCGCGUGCAAAUUACUUUUGGAGGUUAAAAGUGAAGACGUUCGCUCCAGUUUGUGUUCCUCUGGCGAUUUAACAACACUCGGAGGGAAUGUGAAAGUUACAGUGUAAAAGUAAUUAUGAAAGAGUAACAACAUAUGAUUCCAGUAAGGUAGACCAGUUUUUAUUGAGAAUUUUUCACUUGGGACCAAAUUGUUUCUCACUUCCAAUAACGGGGCAACGUUUCUGUUGUUAUUAGUUAUGAGCUGCGAGUGGUUAUCUGGAACACGGAGGAUGUCCUUCUUGAAGAAUCCAAUAUCCUGACAGGAGAGAAAUGCAGUGACAUCUUUGUCAAAGGUUGGCUCGAGGGAAUGAAAGAGGACAAGCAACAAACAGAUGUGCAUUACAGGUCCCUCACUGGUGAAGGCAAUUUCAACUGGCGCUUCAUCUUUCCAUUCCAGUACCAGAAGGCAGAAGAAAGGAUUGUUAUUACUCGAAAGGUAAACGUUUUUCAUGCAUAAACGUUUUGUUCUGCUUAUGUGCCACCCCUCAAAUACAUUAAAGAAAUAAGUAAGGGAAAUCUUGCUUCUUUUCACAUUGAAUCUUUAAGAAAAUUCCCUGUAUUGCAGCAUUUGAAUGAGUGUUACGCUGCCCAAAUUCAAAUUUGAUCAUUGUGUAUUGUAUGGAAUGAAUUAUCUUUUGAACCUCCGCAGGUCAAAAGUACAGCUUAUUUCGUUCACUUAGACUCGUCUCGCUCUCAACAUGAAGCGUCGUGGCUCAGUUGGUAGUAGCGGCCAAUAUUAUCUGGAAGGCCUGGGUUCGAAUCCCUUCGGAUCCUGGCUUUUUGCUGGCUUUUUCUGCAGUUUCUUUUAUUGAAGCUUACUUGAGGGGAUUGUGUCUUCAUUUUUUUAUUGUGUAUUGUCUUACAGGCCAGUUUCUUCUCUUGGGACGAAUCAGAGGAGAAAGUUCCUGCCAGACUGCAUCUGCAAGUAUGGGAUGCAGACGCCUUCUCGGCUGACGAUUUCAUUGGUAAGUAAAUUUCUAAAAAAAGUGAGCCAUUCUUAGUUCGUGAACGUAUAAAGAACUUUCUUGUUAUACCGAUCAUUCGAGACGUAAUCAUGCCAGGAACCAAUCAGAAAUCGCUUCAGGAGCGUGUGACCGGUUUUAAGCGCGGGAAAAUGCUCCCGUCUUAGUCGCGAUUGGCUUAGUCUUGCAUCUAAGAUCUUAUUGGUUAAAAAAUGGCGUGAGAUUUCCAAUCAAUUACUUCACAGUCGAGGAACCUUACAAACUGUCAUAUUGUGUUCAACAGGUGAUCUGACGCUUGACCUCACGCGCAUGCCACGUGGGGCGAAGUCCGCUAAGACUUGCACGUUAGACUUACUCAAACAAGACGGCAGUGUGCCCCAGAUCUCUUUCUUCAAAAUCAAGCACAUAAAGGGAUUCUGGCCGUUUACUGUCAACACUGAUGAGGAAGUGCCUGAACUGGCCGUAAGUUCAAAGUCUGUAAUCUUGGUCGUUUAGUGUAAAAAAAGGCUGAAGUAUGGCAGUUAUUUUUUCUCGAUUCUGGUUUCAUGCGGAGUAAAUCACACUAGGUACAUGAUCUACCUCGAAACAAGCUAAGUUUAGAUACGUAAUGAAGAAUUCGACCGAUAAACGGAAGAUUGUGGGGUCGCCAAGCAUCCAAAAGCACGUUUUUUUUUUUUUGUCUCAAGCGAAGCAAUGACCAAGUCAAUGAUCAAUGACUUGUCAAUGGUCAAUGGUCAAUGAUCAAGUGAAGUGAAGCAGCACAGUUCAGGCAAAAAUUGUCAGAGGUACAUCUGUUUCAAAAAUGGUUGUCGGGAAAAAAGCGUUAAAAUACACUCGACAACCCCGAAAGGUAAUGUGGGUAGUUUUCAGGUCACGGUUCCUUGACCUCAGAAUUUCAGGGAAAUGUGAGAAAAGGUCACUGUAAGGCUGAGGCAUAGCGGGUUGGAUGAAUUUCUUUAGUUACUUGAUCUAUAAAAAUUCAUUAAUACCCAGACUAUCUUUCGAGAUUUUCGCGUGCCCUCUUGUCCUUUUCCGACAACUUUUCUCCAAACAGCCGUAUGAAGUAAGUGUGCGUUAGACAAAAAAAAAAACGUGCUUUUGGAUGCUUGGCGACCCCACAAUCUUCCGUUUAUCGGUCGAAUUCUUCAUUACGUAUCUAAACUUAGCUUGUUUCGAGGUAGAUCAUGCACCUAGUGCGAUUUACUCCGCUCUUCUUACCAUACGAUCAUAAGGCUGUAUGAUUUAAAUCCAAAUUCUCACAAUUCUUAGAGCUAAUCUUGUAAGAAAUUUAUGGCAGGCGAUGCUGAGAACUGACUACUAGAUAGGGUGUUGCCGAGUAGGAACUCGACAAGUCUUUGUGUUAUUACAACAAUUAGAACUCUUACUAAGAUAUUCAUAACUUUCUAACUAGUUGGGUUUCUCAUUUCAAUGGUAGGGCAAAGUUGAAGCUGAAAUGGAAUUACUGACUCAGGAAGAGGCUGAGAAGAAACCCGCUGGCCGGGCGCGUGAGGACCCGCAGGCUCUAGAGAAACCAAAGUAAGAUAAUGCUCCGUCGAGCUUUGAUGAUUUUUUUUAGCACCCGCUCCGAGUCUGCGCAGUAGUUAUGUACUUAUUUGAUUUGUAUUGUUCUUUGUAGCCGGCCUGAUUCAACCUUCACUUGGUUUAUGAACCCGUUCAAGUCCCUGAAGUAUCUUCUGUGGAACAACUACAAGAUGUGCCUCAUCAAGUUCUUGGUCAUUGGACUGCUAGUGGCCCUCAUGGGCUUGUUCUUCUACUCCAUGCCUGUAAGAGCCCCUUUUGAAUAUGAUCCAUUCACGAUAGGGUCCUUUUCUGUGGUAAUCAAACUGAUGCGAUCGUCUAGGUUAGAACAGCCCGAGAGAGAAAAAGAAUGUUGUUGGUGCGGAAAUAGUGAUCGAAGUCACCAUGAAAAUUUGUUUUACGUUGGACAAAAACAAGUCUAAAUCAACGAGAUUUUUUGGUCAGUUUUUCCGCGAUGCUAUGGGCUUAAAACUAACCUUAAGUCCGUUAAUCGUUAAUGGUCAAUUCCUUGUUUCAAAUCUGAACUGCUGUCAGCAGAUGUCAGUAACUAACGGUGUUUUCCAAACGACUUUUACUCGGAAUUUCUUGAAUCGCGCUCUGAUUACUUAUAAAGUUAAGGAACGCCAUGCAAACGCACGUGUCAAAGAUUUGAUCAUGUAAAUUUGCCUCGGUAAAGAAUUACUAUAGCUGACCUUUGUUAGCGUUAUCCCUUCGUUCGGCCGUUAGCCCUUUCGUCCUUCCCCUCCCCUCCCUCCGCACAAUUUUUUCCCCAAAUCAUACUCAUCUCCCCGUGAUAAAAAAAUAGCUCAUCUACGGUAGUAAUAAAAGUUCCCUAAAAAGGUUUCCUGCGUUUUUAUCUAUCUUCAGGGCUAUACUGUGAAGAAGAUAUUCGGAGCAUAAGCUGCGCACAAGGCAAAGACAACCGUUGAAUUAUUCUGUGGGCUGCUAUCGAGUUAUUUAUCUAUUUAUAAGUUAAGAGAAAACCUAGUUGAAUGAGGUUUAUUUAAAAAGGUGCAAUGUAGGCGCCGUUUAAAUAUUAGCUGUUAUUGUUAUAGAAACAUUUAUUUUGUUAAAAAAAUAUUGUAUACUUACAAGAUUCAAUUAUUGGAAUUUAUUUUUAUUACCUCUUUUUCAGUUUUGUAUCAGUUUUUCUGCUAGAUUUCCGUUUUUUGCAGGUAUUCCUUUCCAAAAGGAUUGUUUUAGUAAAAUUUCGCAUACAAAGCCUUUUUUGAUUUGAUCAAGUUCGUGGUAAGCUGACACGUUUGAGACGGGUCGCAAUACCAAAAUUCGUGCCAAAAUCUUUCAUUUGAAGUAUUUAUCCACCAUUUCUAUUUAUAAGUAUUUAAUUUUCGCUUUUGAAAUACUAAUCAUGAAACAUGGAAUUAUUUUCGUUGCAUGGAAUUCAAUGAGAAAACUCAUGUGGAACAAAAAAGGGAAAGAAAAUAUUCCCUAAAAUAUAGUACCUUCCUUCUUCUUUUAGCGUUGAUUUUAUGAGAACUUGAAGUUAGGUUACGUUGCAUGGGGUAAGACAGGAGCAAAGCCAAACAGGGGGUCACACAGUGUCAAACUAAGGGUCCUCUCCAGUUUUCGCCACUUGAAUAUUAUAAGUUUUUCGCUUAAAAAAGGCGUACGAAGGAGGGGGUUGGGGAAAACAGGCACCCCAGGAUUCCCGCUUCCCCUAGCUAGGCGUGGCUUCAGGCUUCGGUCUUUAUGGAGAAUGUCAGACAAAUUAUGGCUAAAUGGCUUCUAAAUAGUUUGUAUUUUUACAUUUUUUAGCGCAGGUCGUUCUUUUGAAUUGUAGUUUAGAACUCUGGUUUGACCCGAGAAUUAGAUGAUAGAGUUGAGCAUGGAAUUGAAAUGUACGUGCAUUGCGUUUAGAUAGUGGAUCUGCUGCUCGAUUCUUAGAGAAGGAAGGAUUUAUGUAGAUUUCUUUUUUUAUUGUUUCUCCUGUGGAUUCCUUUUUUUUUCUAGGUGCUAAAUGUACCUGAAAUUUAUUCAAGGUGCUCUACAGACUUUUUGGUGGUCACCCUAUCGGAGCUUUUCAUCGCGGAGAUUGCAUGACAAUCUCAAAGAUUACGUUACCUACCAAUUGGAUCUGUUUUGCAGAUUGAAGUAUCAAUUAGCUCUCUAUUAUGGGACGGAAUUUAAAUUUAAGUGGCUUUAGGCCAUGGAAUGAGUUGAAAUUGUACAGAAUGAGAUGGCACAGCCGUGUACCACUGCAGGUUGUAAAUAAUGUGGAGGCAAAAUUAACCAGACGUUGCUGGAGCAUAACAUAUCGUAGCAUAAUAUAAGCAGUAUGUUUAACCGUGAUAUCAGUGUUAAGUAAAAAUUACAAGUGGGUCGUAGUU